AUGCAACCGUAUGCUGCAGCUCUGGAGGAAAUCAGUCGCUUUGAGAAUGAGUUCUCCUAUAUUUCUCGUCAAUUUUUGGCCACGCGUUCUGGGCCUGUUCCAUCAUCAACAGUCGAGCUGGACAUGACGAAAAUUCGCGAGAUGAGCCCCGCCCUCUUUGUAGAGAUCAUUCAGGCGCCAUACUUAUACAUCCCAGCCAUCGAGGAGCAUAUUAACAGUAAUCAUUACACAGGUGGCCAUGCUCAGCGUCUCAGCGUCCUUCUUACGGGCGAUGUCACUGCUGACCAUACAACCCUACCUCGUAAUCUCAAUUCUGCAUGCCUGAAGCAGCUCUUCAAGAUUACGGGGAUUGUGACUAAAUUGACGGCGCCCAGGCCCUCCAUAUCCAGACUCAUUGAGUUCCAGCCUAGUACCGGGACUUUUCUGGAAACUAUGUAUGAAGACCCAUAUACCACCGUUGCACCUGAAUCGAUGCGGGGCUUCAUUCUACGGCAGCACUCCAUGCUCUUUACCGAGGGAGAAGUCGGACCAGCCACUGGGGAACCCAGUCCUGAAACCGCACCAUUUCUAACUCUUGGUGCACCCGGUUCUUCUCCAUCUGAUAGCAGACUGCAUAGAACGUCAACUGCACAGGCCACUGUGCGAGAGUAUGGCCUCUCUCUGUUUGAUAGCGUACAGAAGAUACUAGUCCAGGACCACCCGGAGUAUGUUCCUUCUGGUCGCUUGCCUCGCUCCAUACCAGUCAUUCUUCGCAAUCAUCUGAUUGACAAGUGCAAAUCCGGUGAUCUCGUAGAAAUACUAGGGAUAUUCAACCCCAGCGUUCACCAUAGAGCUGGCGAGACAUCAAACACUAAGUCAUCCUCCAUAGGAAACUUUCUACUUGCACUGUCCAUUAAUGUGUUGGAGCGCACGCCGAUCCGACACAUAUCGACCGCAGAGGAACACGUGAUUCGUUUCUUGAAGAGGUGCACAGACAUAUCCCGUUGGAUGCGGCAUAGGAACAACACCCAGCUGGUCUCCCUCUCUGGCUAUGCACUUGAUGUGCUAACAGCAUCGUUUGCACCAGCCAUAUAUGGGCAUUGGAUUGUAAAGCGUGGAAUAGUCCUUCAACUGCUUCAGGGGGUCCCCCGCGAAUUCUCGUCUUCCAGUAGAAUACGCGGAGACAUUAACAUCCUCCUGAUAGGAGACCCGGGCAGCGCAAAGUCCCAGAUGCUGCGGGUUGUCAAGCAAUUGAUGCCGGUGUCUGUGCAGACGACAGGUCGCGGAUCCUCUGGAGUUGGCUUAACCGCGGCGGUAGUUAUCGAUGGGACAACAGGGGAGCGGCGUCUGGAUCCUGGCGCUGCCGUUCUUGCAGAUAAGGGUGUUCUGCUAAUAGAUGAAUUUGAUAAGGUAGAUGCUGAUGACCGUGCUCUCCUUCACGAGGCCUUAGAGCAGCAGAGUAUCUCGAUCAGCAAGGCGGGCCUCCACUGUACCCUGAAUGCGCGGUGUAGCGUACUUGCAGCAGCCAAUCCCGUUUACGGCUUCUUCGAUCCAAAGCGCUCCUUUGCUGAAAACAUAGCGCUUCCAGAUUCCUUGUUGAGCAGAUACGAUCUUGUUUUCCUUGUACGGGACGACCAUACAAUGGAUGCUAAGAUAGCCUCCCAUGUUCUUCUAAACCACAUGACUAGCAUGGGUCUGGACGCUUUAAAGGCUGCUCAGGAACAAAGGAAGACCUUAGAACAGGGAAUAGAGGAGAGCCUUGCAGAGCUCACGAAGCAGGGUACACAUGUCAUUCCAGGGGAUAACUGUGUGGAUAACUACAUAAGAAAUAAGUUGGCACAUGAUGAAGAAUCAUCUGUCGGUGACACACCGGGCAGGGGUGGAUAUUAUGAUAUGUACAAAGACCAGGAGCUAACAUUUGACGGCAAGGAGCUCAUAGAAUUCCUCAAAAACACAAACCAAAGAUCUGCUACAACGCAAGGAAAUUCUGGAACUGCUGCUGGCUCAUCAAUGCCCUUGUCAUUCGACCUCAUGAGUCCGCUGUAUUUUCAGGGUGCUAACGAUGAAAUUCAUCAAAUAUACACAGAGAAAUUGGAAAGGACUUGGAAUUCUGACGUGUACACAGUCAAUAGAGCACGAGCACUUCUUUCUCACGGAUUUCUGCGAGACAUAAUUAAGUACGCACGCUCCUUGAACCGCUCAGGCCCCUACAUGUCAGAAAGGGCCGUACGACAGGUGUCGAAGUGUUAUACAGACUUGCGGCAGCGUGCAGUCAACGCGCGUCGCCAUCCUCCGAACAUCCCUGUUACAGCCCGCAUCCUCGAGUCUUUGAUUAGGCUGGCUACGGCAUUAACGAAGCUCAGCUUUCCUCCCAGGGAGGUUGAGCCAGAGGAUGUCAUUGAGGCGUACAUAUUAUUGGUUGUCUGCAUUUAUGGUGAGAAGGAAGACUCUGUACGCGGGACAGUAUCUAACACCGACAUAGCUGGCGAUGAAACUCACCUUAUUGGAGGUGUCUCAUCGAUUGUGCAAGAUCCUGACCCCGCUGGUGGCUCACGAGACGUUUCUGGAGAUAAUUCCGUUGACUCUGGCGUCUACUUAACAGUGGUGAGGGCCAUAUCAACGUACACAGAGGAAACUGGACUCACAGCUGUGCAGCUCAGCGACUUUAUUCCGUGGCUGAAGGCUCGGUGCCGCUCUACAAAUGUUCAGGAACUUACAGACAGUCAAAUAGAUAUGGCUAUAGCUAGGUUAGUAGAAGAUCAAACGGCUCUGCUGGAGGACGGAGUGCUUUUCAUACUCACGUGA